ACUCCAUAUCUUUCUUUCCUUUAAUGAUAGACAGUUAAAACAGUUAUAUUUAGGAUAAUACAGGACACCCCAACACACAAACAAACAUGAAGAUAUUGUACUACUACUAUGGAGCUUCCAUCAAUCCUUUAUUACAACAGAAACAACAACAACAACUUCGUUCACCCAACAGUUUAGUCAACCUUAAAGUCAACCCCACCAGCAAAAAACUGUACAUUAGUCGCAAGAAACGUAUCCAUGAGGGAUUUUGGGUUUAUUCUGAAUUUAAGACAGAAUCAAAACAAGUUCGUAAGUAUUCACCUCUGCUUGAGAGCCCGUUAUUGUCAGAGAACAAUGUAUCGUCUUCAGAAUUAGAGACGAUUCCUGAUAUUUGGAGGUCCUCAGCUGAAAAGUAUGGUGAUCGGGUGGCUUUGGUGGAUCCACAUCAUGACCCUCCUACAAAUAUGACUUACAAGCAGGUGGUGCAGGACAUUUUAAAUUUCUCUGAAGGUUUAAGAGUUAUUGGAAUCAAGCCAUGUGAAAAGAUGGCACUUUUUGCUGACAAUUCCUGCCGGUGGAUCGUUGCUGAUCAAGGCAUUAUGGCUACAGGAGCAAUAAAUGUUGUAAGGGGAUCUAGGUCAUCUGUGGAAGAGCUAUUACACAUCUACAAUCAUUCUGAGAGUGUUGCACUUGCUGUGGAUAAUCCAGAAUUAUAUCACCGGAUGGCAGAGGGCUUUAAUUCCAGGGCGUCUGUUAGAUUCAUUAUUUUACUUUGGGGGGAAAAAUCAUCCAUGAAUAGUCAUAUGAUAGAAGGACUUCCUACUUAUAGCUACAACGAGAUCAUCGAUAUUGGCCGUGAACAUCGUGCGGUUUUUGCUGAUUCACAUGAUGCCCGUGAAAAGUAUAUUCACAAGCCCAUCAAGUCUGAUGAUGUUGCUGCUCUUAUAUACACAAGCGGGACUACUGGCAACCCAAAAGGAGUAAUGCUUACUCAUAGUAAUCUUUUGCACCAGGUUCGAAAUUUGGGGGAAGUCGUCCCUGCUGGGCCUGGGGAUAGAUUUCUAAGCAUGCUUCCACCUUGGCAUGCAUAUGAACGUUCUUGUGAGUAUUUCAUUUUUUCUUCAGGAGCUGAGCAACUAUAUACAACGAUCAAACACCUGAAGGAUGAUUUGAGGCAGUAUCAGCCACAUUACAUGAUUUCUGUGCCCCUAGUAUUUCAGACUCUAUACAGUGGGAUCCGAAAACAGAUAUCCACCAGCUCUGCUAUCCGUCGGCUGGUUGCACAUUCAUUCAUAAGAAUCAGUAUGGCAUACAUGCUGUUUAAAAAUAUAUACGAGGGUAAAUAUUUGUCAAGAACUCGGAAGCAACCUUCUUACCUUUAUGCAAUGUUGGACUGGCUAUGUGCACGGCUUCUUGCAGCAAUUUUGCUCCCGCUGCAUGUAUUGGCAAAGAAGAUCGUAUACAGUAAAAUUCACGCGUCUAUUGGGAUUUCGAAGGCUGGAAUAAGCGGAGGUGGUAGCUUGCCUUUGCAUGUUGACACAUUCUUCGAGGCAAUUGGCUUAAAAAUACAAGUUGGAUAUGGAUUAACAGAGUCAUCUCCUGUUAUAGCUGCUCGGAGACUUAAUUACAAUGUUCUUGGCUCAGUUGGACAUCCAAUUCGGCAUACAGAAAUCAAAGUUGUACAUGAUGAAACGGGUGAAGACCUCCCCCUUGGUUCUAAAGGAAUUGUUAAAGCGAGGGGACCGAUGAUCAUGCAGGGUUAUUAUAAGAAUCCCAUGGCGACAAAGCAAGCAUUAGAUGAGGACGGUUGGUUAAACACUGGAGAUAUUGGUUGGAUAUUCCCUUCACAUUCGGUAGGUCGAAGUCGUAAUGCUGGUGGCACUAUUGUUCUUGAAGGACGUGCCAAGGAUACCAUUGUCCUCUCGACAGGGGAAAAUGUUGAACCAGAAGAGCUAGAAGCCGCCGCCAUGAGAAGUAGUUUAAUUCAACAAAUAGUUGUCAUUGGUCAGGAUCAACGUCGCCUUGGAGCUAUCAUUGUUCCAAACAAGGAAGAAGUUCUGUUGGCAUCAAAAGAGCCGUCUACUUCAGCCUCCACUUCUAUUGAACUUAGCAAGAAGAAAGUAGCUGGUUUGUUAUCUGAAGAGCUUCGGAAAUGGACUUCAGAUUGCUCAUUUCAGAUUGGACCUAUUCUUGUCAUUGAAGAGCCUUUUACGAUCGACAGUGGUCUGAUGACCCCAACCAUGAAGAUUAGAAGAAACCAAGUUGUGGAACUAUAUAGAGACCAGAUAGAUGAUUUAUACAAAUAAAGCAAUCAUUUAUGUUUAGUAUGGUUAUAAAUAAAUUGCAUUUGAGCAUUGCUAUUGUAACCUACAAAUUAAUCUACAGUAUCAACUUAUGUCACUCAUCCGAUACAUUAGAACCGCCCACUUACCUAUACUCGGUUAGAUGAAGUACACAUACAUGUAGGAGGAUUUGUAGGCUUGAUUUUUAGAACAAAAUGAAAUUUUUGAAUGCAUAUAUAUACUUUUGUUGGCUAGUUAUAUGUAAUCUGUGCUUUCGUAAGUAA